AGGCAGCGCGCCCCCACGCUUUGCACUCCGGACAAUUAGCUGCCCGUGACUGGCUGUGCCCGGCGCGGGACUUAAUUGGGGAGCCCCCCUCGGCCCAGCAUGCCCUGCCCCGGCUCUGGCCCUCCUGGCUUCUUGGCCCUUUUGGCCCCUGGACUGGCGCUGUUGGCUCACCUCUCUCUCCCCUCUCAGGCCGGGGUGAAGCGUCUUCCCGCCCGGACCAGCCCGCAGGGCACCCCGGGCAGGACACUCAUCCUCCUGGACGUGAGUACCAGGAGCUCCCUCCGCGUCACCAGCGAGAACUUCCUCUCGCUGCAACUGGAUCCCUCAAUCCUCCACGACGGCUGGCUGGACUUCCUCAGCUCCCGGCGCUUAGUGACCUUGGCGCGUGGCCUGGCACCCGCCUUUCUCCGCUUCGCGGGCAAAAGGACCGACUUUUUGCAGUUCCAGAACGUGAAGAACCUGGCCAAGAGCCGUGGUGGACCGGGACCAGACUACUACCUCAAGAACUACGAGGACGACAUUAUUCGCAGUGAUAUUGCACUGGACAAACAAAAAGGCUGUAAGAUUGCCCAGCAUCCUGACAUCAUGUUGGAAUUACAAAGAGAAAAGGCAGCUCAGAUGCACCUGGUUCUCCUCAAGGAGCAAUUCUCUAACACCUACACAAAUCUCACACUUACAGCCAGGUCUCUAGACAAACUUUAUAAUUUUGCUGACUGCUCUGGCCUCCAUCUCAUCUUUGCAUUGAAUGCUUUGCGCCGGAAUCCCAACAAUUCCUGGAACAGCACCAGUGCCCUCAGCCUGCUCAAGUACAGUGCCAGCAAGAAGUACAACAUCUCCUGGGAGCUGGGCAAUGAACCAAAUAACUACCGAACCCUCACAGGACGAGCAGUAAAUGGCACUCAGUUGGGCAAGGACUAUAUGCAGCUGAAGAGACUACUACAGCUAAUCCGCACCUACUCCCGAGCCAGCCUAUAUGGGCCCAACAUUGGGAGACCUAGGAAAAAUGUUGUUGCCCUCUUGGAUGGGUUCAUGAAGGUGGCAGGGAAUGUAGUGGAUGCAGUUACCUGGCAACAUUACUACCUUGAUGGCCGAGUGGCCAAGGUGACGGACUUCCUGAAAACACGCCUGUUAGACACACUCUCUGACCAGAUCAGGAAAAUCCAGAAAGUGGUCAAUGCACACAUGCCUGGAAAAAGGAUUUGGUUAGAGGGCAUCGGGGCCACUUCUGAAGGAGGCAUCACCAAUCUUUCAGAUUCCUAUGCUGCCAGCUUCCUGUGGCUAAACUCUCUUGGGAUGCUAGCCAGCCAGGGCAUCGAUGUAGUAAUGAGACACUCAUUCUUUGAUCAUGGGCACAACCAUCUUGUGGACCAGAACUUCAACCCAUUGCCGGACUACUGGCUCUCACUGCUUUACAAGCGACUUGUCGGACCCAGGGUACUUGCUGUUCAUGUAGCUGGGCUGCAGAGAAAACCUCGCCCUGGCAGGGUGAUUCGUGAUAAGUUACGCAUCUAUGCUCACUGUACCAGCUACUACAACCAUAAUUAUGUCCGUGGUUCUAUCACAAUUUACAUCAUCAACUUGCAUCGGUCACGAAAGAAAAUCAAGUUGGUGGGGACCCUUCGGGACAAGCUUGUUCAUCAGUAUGUGCUACAACCCUAUGGUCAGGAAGGACUUCAGUCUAGGUCUGUGCAGCUUAACGGACAGCUACUCACUAUGCUGGAUGACGGAACCCUCCCAAAUCUGAAGCCUCGUCCUCUUCGCCCUGGCCGAACCCUGAUUAUUCCACCUCUCACUAUGAGCUUCUAUGUGGUCAAGAAUGUUAAUGCCCUGGCCUGCCGGUAUCGGUAGCUCUACCCAACCCCACUGCCAAGAGCAGACUUACGAGGCCCCCUUGGGGCAUUUCUUGGCAGGGGUGUGCAGAUGUCACCAGGAAAAGAGGAUAGAAGUGCCUCCAGGAAAACACUGGCUGUCCACCGCUGUUUCACAUGUUAUUAUGUUCCUAGCAUCCCCACCUGCUAUGGCUACUUCCUAACGAGCAGUAUUUUAAACCCUUUGCAAUUUUCAGAUAGACUAUCAUAGAGUGGGGACUUUGUGCCACCUUGUGGGCAAUGAAGAAGCUGUAAUAGGGAGAAUUGUUCCUGGCUUUCUGUGCUGAGCAAGUGCAAGGUCAAGAUGCAUCCAUCAUUCCAGAAGCUACCAGAAAACUAUCAACAGGAAGAGGCUUAGAAUCUGGUUUUUCAGCUUUAUCCCUGUGGAUGGUGCACUCCCUGCUGGCAAGUGGCAGUAGAACAAGCAAUGUAGCCAGGAAAACACAUUGAGAAGCAAGAGCCAGAAUUGUGUCUUACAGAAUUAAGCACCUAGUUGUGCUGCAGAAGAAAGAUAAUCCAGAUACGAAAUUCUGGAGUGUCUGUAGCUGCUUGAGCCAAUGGCAUUGUGGGAUGGGAAAGGAGAGAAUUGGUCUUGGCCACUGUAAAUAAUGCUGCCUCCUGGGAGCAUUUGCUGUAAAUGUUAACUAUUAAAUUAUAUUUUCUGAAGAGCUGAAAAAAUACUUGUAAGAACUGAGAAACUGAGGCCUUCUUUAGUUUCCCACUUCUUGGUGGACUUUCAGAGAUUGUAACAGGUGGUGCAUGGAAGAAUGACAGAUAGGCUUGUAAAUAUUUAAAAAUAUCAUAUUUUCGUUUCAGUAUUCUGAAGCCCAUGUAGCGUCUGUAUCGUACCAAGUCUGGGCUACAAAACUCUGGACAACCACUAUAUGGAAGCAAGGAGCUAUAGUCUUCUGUGCCUCUUUGCUGCCAUCAGGUGGUCAUUCCGAUUUUUGCAAACCAGAUCCAGUAGCCCUAUCCCUGCACUUUCUACAAGUGGUAUUUAUAUUCAGUUAGGUGUCACAGCUAUGAAGGGCAACCAGACAUCUGUUAUGUUACUAAUAACCCAGCACACAGUUCCAGUAUGAGGAUCAAUCUUAUUGUCCGCACUCACAUGCACAAUUACCUAGCCUUAGAUACAACCACUGCACAAUACUUCAUCUCUAUUCAUCUCACCUAACCAAAUGCUACUAAAAGAAGCAAAACAUUUAUAAGGUGUGCUCUAAGAUUAAAUUAAGUUAGCCUGAGGGAAAGAUAAUACAAAGUACUGGUUUCUUUUUAAGCUGGCAUUAAAUGCAAAUGAUAUGGAGCUUUAGAAUAAAAAUAAAACUUCCACUACAUAAAUGUAUACUUACUGCAAAAAAAGAAAAAGAAAAGGAAGAGAGAGAAACUAGAAGGAAUGCAAAAGAAAGAAGUUGUUCUCACAAGUGCCAUCUAAUAAGUCUUAUUAGCAGAUUUUUUUUGUUUUAUUAUCAGUGUUUAAAGUACAGGCCCUUACUGAAUAACUUGCCUAUUAUUUAAGGGCCCCUCAAAUUCAAAGAUAGCUUUGACAUAGGUUUAAAGGUUCCUUUAUUUUAUUAUUGGAUGAAAAUUUCUAAACUGGUUUUCCUGACCCCUUUAGCCCAUCAUUAUUUUACCAUAUGCAUGAUUGAUUUCAUUUCCCCAGGACAGCAGCCAAUUACAGAAAAAAAGUGUGCCAAAGUUGUCUUUAGGCACGCAAGACCAGGAAAAAAACAAACUCUGUCAAAAUAUUAUUAUUUAUGUAAUGCUUUAGAGUUUUCAAUUACUUUAGGUAUUGUUAUUAUUAUUACUACUAUUAUUAUUGGUAAUCAUUACAAUAACUAUGGAAGGUAGGUCAGCAUUUUUAGUUGUAUACUGCAAAUGAAGGAUGGGUGUAGAAGUUAAGAAGCAGUAACUUGCCUUUAAAAAACUGAGCAAAUAUACAGCAGAGGCAAGAACAAAGAACAUUCUGAUUCAUGGGUUAGCUUAUAAAUGUUGUAGUAAUGAUUUAUUGUAUCAACAGGGUCAACUAAAUGAUCUUUGUGGAAUAUUCCAAGCGUGAUGCUAUGCUUCCUAGCUACGAUGCUAUACCAGUGCCAGCACACUGCUCAUCACAGCAUAAAACUGAACAGAAUGUAUUGUGAGAACUGACAACUGAUUUGCCAAAAACUCCAGUACCUUUUCCUGGGAUUGCCUAGGAUGCCAUGCUUGGGAAACACUCUUGAGUUUCCGAACAUAAGUGCAGAUGUAUUCCCCACUUCAUUGCUCCAUGUCCUCUCACCCACUCUGUUGCCCUGCCUGCUGUGAAGUAAAAUAUAUUGCAACCUGACUUAGAUGUAUAGAGUAUGAAAAAGGAAUUGAGCCAAAGCUACAAUCUCACUCAGUGUUUGAAAGCAUUUUAAAGUACAGGUGCCACCUUCAGCCAUCAAUGCAAAUAUUCUAUUUUUUUGCAUCUUCUCUGAGAAUGACUGGGCAGGGUUGGACCUGGUCAGUAUUUAGAUGGGAGGCCAGCAGAAAAGCCCAAGGAUGAGGCUAGAUUGGGAACAUGAAAAAGCAUUCCACAAGAAGGCAAUUAGAAAACACUACCAAGAAAACAACAUGAAAUUCUCCACCAGGAGUCAAACUCAACAACUCCUUCUCCUGUCUCUAUACAGAAUCUUUGGUGAAGGAUAGAAAAUGAUAUUGUGAAAGGGACCUGGCACUUUUUCAGACUAAAACAGAAAAGCAAACUUUAACAUCGCUUACAGUUGAGGAAAAUAACCUGUAAAGAUUUAACCCAAAAUAGUAAAAAUGAAAGGUAAAAUAUUGUCUUUCCUUUACACUUUCUUCCCCUAAAAUGUGGACAACAUCCAGUUCAAAAGUAAAGAUGGUUUUCUCAAUAAGGAAUUAUUAAGAAAUGUAGGUGCUUCAAUGGUUUUUAAACCACUUGCUCUGUUUCAGGGAACCUAAUGGACAGUGUCUAGUAUAUGGAAAUAGAAAAUAUAUUAAAUUUUAUUCUUUGGACUGCUGACAGUCAAGAAAUGUUAACUGCAGUAAUGCAGAUAAUAUGGAAUAAAGGCAUCAGAAUACAUAUAUAAUGCAACAGCUGGCAUAUAGGGGUAGCACAGUUGCAGUGGAGUUUGAACAUAUUUCUUGGAUUUGGCAAGAAGGGGAAUCAACUUCUAUUUUAAUAGGCCAGUUGAAACCCAUGGACUCAGCUUCUUGUUCUCCAGGUUAAUGGGAGUGAAUUUCCAGUACUAGAUAUCACUAUUCUAAGCCUGAGCUGCAAGAAACUUAUUUUAAAGCUUAUACUUGCUUUUAUAUGUAUUCCCUGGGAAAAUAUGACAGUCUCUUUUUUAAACAACAUGAUAAAUUAUUUUUCCAGUCUCUAUUAAGAAAAUUCCACAAAGUUGGAAUUAAUUCACCUCAUAAUAUGCCCAUGCUUUGACAUUACACAAUAUUCCCACUCUAAUUAAACUACACAAAAAAAGUUUGUGGAGAAUUUAUUUUAAAAAAAUACUAAAAAAAUGACAAAAUAGAGUUGUUGAACAGCAAAAUGAAAUAGCACAGUGUUCUGGCUUGUUCCUGGCCACAUAAACUCAUAGAAAUUUGUGAAUGCUGGGUCAAUCAAUUCUAUAGGAUCCCUCCUGUGGUUCAGGUCCUUUUCUGCACUGGCAGUAGUGCAUCAAAGUAAUUCUCUGUCUUGCUGCUCUAUUGCUCAAGAAAUCAAUUUUCCUACAGACAUUUCCAAGUUUCUACUCUAUGGGAACCAUUAGCAGCAUCUGCUUGUUAAUCCAGAGACCCCUGGAGAUAAACAGGACUACUUCCUCCACAUAGGUUUUGUAUUCAAAGUAGUGCCCACUUGGUAACUGCAUCACUUUUUUGAUAUUCAAUUAUUUAAAAAUUCACUUUGUUGAUCUCAAUUUAAGACUGAAUAUGGUAUAAUAGGAUUGAGCAGCCUAAAUGUUUAGGCAAGGGUUGGAUGUCACAACUGUGUCCUUGCAUUGUCUAUUCUGGGACAGUAACUUAACAGAUGGAGAAAUCCCCAUCUGUUUUCCCAAAGACAGAGAUGUGCUCUUACCACUUCAUUUUUAGAUCACUUACUGUUGAAAUGCAUUUUGACUAAAUUUCUAUACAAUGAAGGGUGAGUUUAAACACUCUACUAAUUCAUAAUGUGGUUUGUUUGGUUCUUGGUUUAAUAUAUUAUGUGAAUUUAGCCAUUUUGGUUUAUUCAGUGAAUCAUGGUUAAACAAACCAAUGUGUGUGAACCAAUCUAGAAGAGUAUAAUAGAAAGGUUAAAGUAUCCAAGUCAAAUGAAAAGUCCUAUUUGACCAUUUGACCAUCAUGUAUGGGCCCUAAUUCAAUAUGUAUGAACACAAAUGUUGUCACCCUUUUCCAGUUUGUGAUUAUUCAAAUAUACGGAGGAUGGAUUAUCAAGUUAUCUUCCAGGUCAGAGGCUUCCAUUGUCUUGUACUAGAAGGCACAACUACUUACAGUCCUAGCCAUCCUAAGAUUUUCCUAGGAAAAUCCUAGAAAUGUGUAUGCCAUCUAGAAUUGCUAGGUGAGGUGGCCUAUAAAUAGAUAUAAGUACAUUUAAAAUUUGAGGAAUAUGUCAUGUAUGUCAUCACAAAGUAGUGGCUAUGGAGGUAUGUCAUUCCCCAAUAGUUAACUCGAUGAGCAUGACCAAACCCAUAUGUCUGCAAAAUGGUGCUGGUAAUAUACAUGUUGGCAGUGUAGAGACAGAACCACAAACACAGAAUUCCUUGAACUACAUUUCUUUCAAGAACACCUCUCAGAUUUUAUCUAACUAUUCAUAAUACAAAAUCUAUUUCUCCCAUAAAUGAUCCACUCACCCCACAUACUGAUCCCCAUUAAGGAUCCACUGAUUCAUUGUUCAUUUCUCUCUCUCUUCUGCCCCUCUGCACUGUUUUUUCUUCCCACUAAUCAAAUGACACUUAUACCUCCUUCCCCCUUCAGCAAGGCAGUAACAAUGAGGUUUGCCACUCUUCUGGGUGUUUGGAGAGGUACUUCAAAGCAAAAGUUUGGCUUCCAACUGCCCACAAUAAUUACUUCAUAAGAAUAUUUUUGGGUCCUUUGGGGCCUGGAGAUACAGUCAUGUGAAAAAGAAAGUACACCCUCUUU